AUGGACGAGGUGGUCGACGCCAGCAUCAUCGUGCCAUGCUUUACCGGGCUUGAGGAAACCCAUGUGACGUACUUGUCGCAGACUCAUCUCACGUCUGCAGACGUCCUCGCCAUCACGGUCACCACGAUGAAACGGCCGUUGCCGCAAACUCUUCUCCCACGACCGACGGCAAGCGGCUUCAUGAAACUUUCUCUACCAGCCGCGCCGCUAACGCUCCCAAUUCCCCGAAAACGAAUGAACAAGAUCUUACAUGCUGAAAGAGACGCAUUCAUGAAGAAACUGCACGCGGAGCGAUCGGCGCGCACGACUCUAGAGAACUGGGCCGCGACGAAAAUCCAAGCGCACUUUCGAGGGUUCCGUGCGCGACCCCAUGCCACCACAAUCUACGACAACCGCCGCGCCAACUUGCCCGCGGCCAUUCGUAAAGAGCUCCAUGACAUGAACCACACCCUGCCAAGUCACGUAGUCGACACCAAAACCACCGAUCCAUGGCGCCAAGACGUUGGCUUCCGUGCUCAUGGCAAAAGGGAGGCCAAGCACCGCCGCGACAGGCUGCAUCACGCUGCCACCGUCAUUCAAGUACAAACACCCCCGCACUCGCGAGUUGUGUUGGUCUUCUGA